UCACAUCAGCACAGCACCACAGCAACAGAAGCAGCAGCAUCAGUCGAGAUGUCACUGAUAAUAUCAGCAGCAGCAGAAGGCGGCGACCAAGGCGGCGACACCAAUAACAAGAGGCACACUAAGGCACACACAGCAGACAGCAGGCACCACCAUGGCCGCAUGGCUCAGUGCCGCCGUGAGCGCCGUCUGGCGGGGCAUCUUCGGCCCGGCGCCCAUUCAAGAGGUGUGGGUGGAUCGUGACACGCCGCUCGGUAUGGGGCCCUGCUUCCCCAAACCCCACUUCACGGCCACCCGCAUCCUUGGCAAGGGCGUUGAGGCGGCGGCCUUCCUGGCACAGCGCCACGAGGACGGUCAGAUGCGGGCGCUGCGGAAGAUGGCCAACAAGAAACGGUGGGUGGACCCGUUGUGGGGGGGGUCGUAUUGGAUAGACGAGUUCAAGAGCGUGGAGAGGGCUAUGGGCAUCUGCACCCACCUGCAGGGACUCGACAACGUCGUGCAAUGCCACGGGGUGAGCAGGGACAUCCAUGAACAGAUGAGAACGGACAGAUCUACAUAAUCAAUCAUCUACCUUGUCUGUCUGUCUGCACGUCUGUCUGAUGGUGUGUGUCUUGUUUGUUUGUCUGUGUGUAGGUGUACCACAUGGCUGGCGCGUCCUUUUUCGACCUCGAGUACCUGGCGGGGGGCUCGAUGUAUGACCGCUGCGCUGGCCCGUCGGCCAUCUACGCCGACCACUACGGGCGCAGCACGGUCACCGAGACCCUCGCCAGGGACUGGACGCAGCAGCUGCUCAACGCCAACAGGGGCCUGAUCUCGCGUGGCGUUUAUCACGGGUACAUAUGCACCCUCCCUCCCAUGAGAGUCUCUCUGCGCAUUUGGGAUGUUUGGUCGCCGUGUUUGCAGGGAUUUCCAUGCCAGCAACGUGAUGUUUGAGCGGCCCGACGGCAACCAGCUAAAGAUGAUAGACUUCGGCCACGCCCUCCUCUUCGACCCCAAAAAUGUACAUACACGUGCAGUGACCGACUGCAUAGCUGAGCAUAUCGCCACACAUGUCUUUCUGCGUCUGAUGUCUACACAGGGCAAUACGAUGGUGGGCAACUCGGCCAACAUCGUCGGCUGGCCUUUCAUCCACGCCCCCGAGGUAUGUGAACGCAAUGGGUGUGCAAUUCGACACUAGGCCCCAUCAAUACACAUACGUAUAUAUUGUGUUGCGUUGGUUGAUGUGCAGACAAGGGUGCCCCAUGCCGUGUUUGAUGCCGACAAAGCGACGGUGUUUGCCAUAGGGUCAGCUUGCACUCUCUCGCUGCGACAGAUUCAUUGGUGUGUCUACUUGGCGCGCUUGCAGGCGUCUGAUGCGCCUCAUGCUGUGCUGGGGCUGGGAGAACAUCCGUGACAGCUCGGACUACGCCCCGGUAGGUAGUUGGAAUCCUCCGUAAAUGAUGUCUCUCUUGUGAGCAUAUGAAUGUGUGGUGUGUGUGUCUGUUCGUGUCACGUCAGGACGUGUUUGGUCGCGGCGACCUCUCCCGCGACUGCAUAGAGUUGCUGGAGGCCAUGACGGCGGCGGACCCCAACAACCGUCCCACACUCGCAGACUGCGCAAACCACAAAUGGUAAUUGACCAGAGAGGUGGCCAGAUAGAUGGCGAACACACACACACCUCACACACCUCACACACCUCGCGCACUUCGAAUGUCUCUCUGCGUGUUGGUCAGGUCCCACCCACACCGCCCUGCCCGAAAGAGCAAGUGCUGCUGCUGAGGCAAAGGCUAGCACUCCCGAGGGAAUGGCUUGCCACACAGAGACCCUGCAGUGUCCUCAGGAUGGGGCUGUUCUG